AUGGCUUUACGACGCCUUCUCACAGAGGUCAAAAGGCAGGAACCACAACUGAAGCUGUUAAGCAAUUUGGUAAGCCAAGCUUAUCGCACUUCAUGGACGGCUAAAGGAGGUGGAGGGCAAAAACUUGCGAGCACUCCAGGAACAAGCUCUACGGGAAGGUGUCAUUCAAGUUAUGUUGGUAGUCUAGCUCGUAGAGUACGUGAUAGUGAUGAGUUAAGUGAUGCUGCAUAUCUUAUGGAGCUUAAUCAUCGAAAUGAUCCAGAGGCAGUCAUAAGGUUGUUUGAGAAUCAACCUUCACUACACUCUAACCCUUCAGCUCUUUCUGAAUAUGUUAAGGCUCUGGUUAAGGUUGAUAGGCUUAAUGAGGCAGAGCUGCUCAAGACGUUGCACAGAGGAAUCUCAGGAGCUGCGAACUCACACGUGGAGGAAGAAAGUGUAGGAGCACUUUCAGCAUUUCGAAAUGUGGGAAAAUCUACUAAAGAUGGAGUUCUUGGUACUGCCAGUGCUCCUAUACACAUGGUGGCUGCUGAAGGGGGUCAUUUCAAAGAACAGAUAUGGCGAACAUUUCGCGCUCUGGGUAUGGCUUUUCUUUUGAUUUCAGGUGUUGGAACACUCAUUGAAGAUAGAGGAAUCGGUAAAGGACUUGGUCUACAUGAAGAAGUGCAGCCGAGUAUGGAAUCCAAUACAAAGUUUAGUGAUGUCAAGGGAGUUGAUGAGGCAAAAUCUGAUCUGGAAGAAAUUGUUCACUACCUCCGUGAUCCUAAGCGCUUCACACGUCUUGGUGGUAAGCUUCCAAAAGGUGUGCUACUUGUUGGACCCCCUGGCACUGGUAAGACAAUGUUGGCUAGGGCCAUAGCAGGAGAAGCUGGGGUGCCCUUUUUCUCUUGCAGUGGAAGUGAAUUUGAGGAGAUGUUUGUUGGUGUUGGGGCCCGCAGAGUGAGAGAUCUUUUUUCUGCUGCAAAGAAAAGGUCACCAUGUAUAAUUUUCAUUGACGAGAUUGAUGCCAUAGGGGGGAGUCGCAACCCGAAGGAUCAGCAAUACAUGAAAAUGACUUUAAAUCAGUUGCUUGUUGAGCUAGACGGCUUCAAACAGAAUGAGGGAAUUAUUGUGAUUGCUGCAACUAAUUUUCCAGAGUCGCUGGAUAAGGCACUGGUGAGACCUGGUCGGUUUGAUCGUAACAUUGUUGUCCCAAAUCCUGAUGUUGAAGGUCGGAGGCAGAUCUUGGAAUCCCAUAUGUCUAAGGUUCUUAGGGCAGAUGAUGUUGAUCUUAUGAUUGUUGCUCGAGGAACUCCUGGUUUUUCCGGUGCUGAUCUUGCAAACUUGGUCAAUGUUGCUGCGCUCAAGGCUGCAAUGGACGGUGCCAAAGCAGUGAGUAUGGCUGAUCUUGAACAUGCUAAGGACAAAAUCAUGAUGGGAAGUGAGCGCAAAUCAGCUGUUAUAUCAGAGGAAUCGCGAAAGCUGACUGCUUACCACGAGGGUGGCCAUGCUCUUGUAGCAAUACAUACUGAUGGAGCGUUGCCAGUGCAUAAAGCAACCAUUGUUCCACGAGGUAUGUCUCUCGGAAUGGUUGCUCAGUUACCCGACAAGGAUGAGACGAGUAUAUCACGUAAGCAGAUGCUUGCUCGUCUCGAUGUUUGCAUGGGUGGGAGAGUUGCAGAAGAGCUCAUCUUUGGAGAGAAUGAAGUGACUUCAGGUGCAUCGAGUGAUCUCCAGCAAGCAACCGAUCUUGCAAGAGCAAUGGUUACCAAGUAUGGCAUGGGCAAACAAGUCGGGGUUGUUACUCACAAUUACAAUGAUAACGGUAAGAGCAUGAGCACCGCAACUAGGCUCCAAAUCGAAAAGGAAGUGAAAGAAUUCUUGGAAACAGCAUAUGCCAACGCCAAAGCCAUUCUCAUCUCACAUAGUAAAGAACACCAUGCUCUAGCCAAUGCUUUGCUCGAGCACGAGACACUUACAGGAAGUCAGAUCAAGGCCCUACUUGCCGAGGUAAACUCUCAGCAAACACAGCAGCAGCAACAGAUAGUUGCUACACAACGUAAUUCACAAUCCAGUGCCAUUACUCCCUCAACGCCUAAUCCAGCAGCAUCUGCAGCUGCUGCAGCAGCGGCUGCUGCAACUACCGCAGCCAAAUCAAAAGGAAUUGCCGCAGUUGGAUCGUAG